UUCAUAUGUAUCGUUGGCAACCAUACAUACACGAACGACAUCAAUCGAUACGUCGUAAACAUUGGCCUGAAAAUUCCUCAUAAACAGCUCAAAUUUAAGAUUAUUAGAUAAAAUGUCUGUAUGCCCGUGGUUUCGUUCACCCUUUUCCGACCUCACUGCCCAAUUGGUCAGCCACCAGUGGUACGGUCGUUGUGCCGAUUUUGAACUGAAGGUGAUGGAGUGUUUUGAGGCCUAUGGUCUUGAUAAAGGCAUGAGGGAAUGUGAUACUUUGAUCCAGGAUUUCAAAGAAUGUCAGAGCAGGACCAAGCAAAGGGAUCGUGCAAUGGCUAUGAGAAUGGAAAGACAUAAGCAGUACUUCAAGGGAGAACGCAAAGAGCAUUACGCCGAAUCACCGCGCAUUGAUGCUUUCUAGAUUCACAUGUUUCUAUGCUUACAAUAACAUUGGACAUUCAAUGAUAUAAAAUGGGGGCAAGGAUGGUAGUUGUCUAUUGUAAAAAUUACUUAGAACUAAAUAAAUUUAUUAAUAAUGAUUUUUGUUUGAUGAACUAAGAGAAAAUUAAAAAUAAUUUCAACAAA